GUAACUACCGUGUUAUACGGGGGUUACCUGUAAUUGAAGUAUGUGCUGAACAUCCAUUGCACAUCUCUUCAUGCUUGAACAUGCAUUGAACAUCUCUUCCAGCUGUUGCAAAUGAAAAUGAAUUAGUUCCUAAAUAUAUAUGCAUAAACAGCUACCAUAACAGAUAUUUGAAUGAAUCCUUUGAGUUCCUUUAACUGCUAAAGCACCUCCACCACCACCAGACUCUCAAAUGAAUCAUCCUCCAUUUAUUCCACAUCAACUGCAUGUGGACCUCUCCAUCCCAUCCUCCAUUCAGACCUUUUGGUGGUAUGAGAGGACCCCCAGGACCUCCUGGUCUUUCAGGUAUGCAUGGACAUCAUGGUUCACAAGGAAUCCAAAGACUUUCUCCUGUACCAAUGCACUCUAAUUUGCCAGUUCCUGGUCCAAUGCAACCUCCAAUGGGACCUAGAUCCAUGGGAAGUGGGCCAAUGAAUAUGGGAAUGCAUCCAAGAACUAUGCCACCAAUAGAACCAAAUUAUUUUAAUCCAAUGUCAGGUCCAAUACAUCCCACAAUGUCACAACCAAUGCCUCAUAAUUUUAAUAAUGGAGUGAAUAGUUCACUACCAGUAACUACACAAUUGCCAUCGUCAUUAAAUUCAUCUACCAUAAUGUCAUCACCUUAUAUUUAUGCAACUCCUCCAAUGAAAAGCCUUCAUACAGAUAAAAUGGGUAAUGGUAAGUAAAGUAAAAAAUGUGGAAUGCAUAAAAAGCCAGAACACCCUGGUAACAAUGUUAGUAAAACAGAGAAAGAAAAAUAUGAGAAAGUUGUUGAUCUGAUCCAGAGCAGGAAAAAACUUCCAAAUUGGUGAUAGGCAGUACAGUAACAGGAGAGGCACUUUCAGCAAUAAGAAAUUGUAAGACAUCAAAUGAGAUUUGGAACAAACUGCUUAUCGUGUAUGAGAAAAAGUCAUAUCUGUCAAAGGAAAUUGCACUAAAGGAAUAUCACUUGUUUAAAUAUGAAGAUGGAGAAUCUAUAACAUUUAUGUUUUCUAGAUUAGAAGGAAUAAGAGAAAAACUGAAAAUCUUUGACAAAACUGAUGAUGAUGAUUCAGUAGUAUGCAAAAUAAUCACAGUCCUUCCCCCAGAAUAUAAACACUUUGUGACAGCAUGGGAAUCUAUGAACGAGAGCUAGAUAUAUGGAUUACUGAUAGUGCAGCUACUGAUCAUAUGAUGAGCAGGAAAGAAUGGUUCAAAGAAUAUAAACAAUACACCUCUCCUAAUAAAAAGUGUAGUAAUAAAAGUGGGAAAUGAUUGAGAUGUGGGCUAUUGAGAAGGUUCCAUAGAUGUGAAAUUUUCUCUCAGCAGUGCAUAUAAAAGUGUAGAGCUAACAAGAGUUUUUCAUGUACCGAAAUGUGGGAGAUAUUUACUCUCUAUCACAACAUUAGUUGAGAAAGGACUCACUCAUGAGUCUGAUAAUGAAAAAUAUCUUCUAAGAAGAAACAGACAAAUUGUGGCUAAAGGUUUAAAAGUUAAAAGGACUGUACCACAUGCUUAUGACAGCAGUAAUCCAAGAGGGAAAGUACAUAUAGUGAAUGCCAUUGACUCCUUGCAACUGUGGCAUGAAAGACUGGCACAUCAAAAUAAAGGACAUGUAAAAGAUGUAUUAAAUCAAAUGGGAAUUGAGGUGACUAAUAAAUGUGAAGAUAUCCGUAAAGGCUGCAUGAUGGGAAAAGCUCAUAGGUUACCUUUUAGCAAAAGUGAAACUGUCACUCAAGAAAUAGGAGAUUUAAUUCAUGUGGAUAUUGGAGGACCAAUGGAAAUAGCUCUAUAGGUGGCUCCAAAUACUACAUCCUGUUCAGAGAUUAAUUAUCAAAUUUUCGAGCUGUAAAAACACUAAAGUCAAAAGAAGAAGCACCUGAUGCUAUGAAGUUCUUUACUUGGAACUUUAUAGCAUAUGUAGAGAAUCAAACAGGAAAAACAGUGAAAGUUAUUUGUUAUGAUAGAGGACAUGAGUUUGUGAAUCAGAAAUUGUCCAGUUACUUAGAGGGUAAGAGCAUCUGUCAUCAGACAACAGUAGGGUACUCUCCUGAACAAAAUGGAAAAAUAGAAAGAGAUAGUAGAACAGUAAUAGAGCUAGCAAGAUCCAUGCUGUAUGCAAGAGGACUUGACAAAACCUUGUGGGCUGAAGCAAUACAUACAGCAUUUCAUGUCAUAAAUUUGACAGGAAAAUGCAAUGUCACAGACAGAACCCCAAUUGAAGUAUUAACAGGAAAGAGAAUCUGCAUUGAUCAUUUCUGUGUAUUUGGAUCCAGAUGUAUCAUACAUGUUCCUGAAGCUAGAAGAAAAAAAUUAGGCCCAAAGAGCAAGGAAGGAGUCUUUGUAGGGUAUGAUCAAAAUAUAAAAGGAUACAGAGUUUUGGUUGGAGGAAAGAUUAGAAUCUUCAGAGAUGUUGUCUUUGACAAAGAACUAACAGCAACAACACAAGUGAAAAUGGAUGUGGAUAAAAGUGAAAUAAAUAAUCAUUCUUGUUAUGCUAGUGAAGAAACUGAAAUACACGUGCAA